UUACCCUAAUUUAUACAUAUUAGAGAACAAGUAAAGCGGCGCCGUUUCACGACGACGGCCGUUUCACUACGUAAAUGUAAACAUGUAAUCCCAAAAUUAUUGCAUUUAGGGUUUAAGAGAGGAUUUUACUUUUUAACCGUUAACUGAAAAAAAUGGUGAACACGGAGGAGAAGGUGGUCGCCGUGAUCCUGGUCGGCGGGCCGACCAAAGGCACUCGAUUUAGGCCGCUUUCGUUUAAUACACCAGAGCCUUUAUUUCCUCUCGCCGGACAAUCCAUGGUUUAUCACCCGAUCUCCUCUUGCAAAAAGAUACCGAACCUGGUUCAAAUAUUUCUGAUCGGGUUCUAUGAGGAGCGGGAAUUUGCCUUAUACGUCUCUUCAAUAUCUAACGAGCUCAAAAUUCCCGUCAGAUAUUUGAAAGAAGAUAAGCCACAUGGUUCGGCAGGUGGUCUUUAUUACUUCAGAGAUCAAAUCAUGGAGGACUCCCCUUCACAUAUUUUUCUGUUGAAUUUUGAUGUCUGCUGCAGCUUUCCACUGUCUAACAUGCUAGAGGCCCAUAAAACGUACGGCGGGAUAGGCACAUUGCUUGUUAUUAAAGUUUCUGCUGAAUCAGCCAACCAGUUUGGUGAAUUGGUCGCUGAUCCAGUCACCAAAGAACUGUUGCAUUACACUGAGAAACCCGAGACUUUUGUGAGUGAUCUAAUUAACUGCGGCGUUUACAUCUUUACACCAAAAAUUUUUAGCAUCAUCCAGGAGGUAUUUUUGCUCAGGGAAGACAGAGCUGAUAUACGUCACAUAUCUAGCUAUGAAUCCCAGCAAUUUGCAACAAGGUCUCCUACAGAUUUUGUUAGAUUGGACCAAGACAUUUUGUCACCUCUUGCCGGUAAAAAGAAAUUGUAUACAUACGAGACAAUGGAUUUCUGGGAACAGAUCAAGACCCCUGGAAUAUCUAUCAAGUGUUCUGCUUUAUAUCUCGCUCAAUUCCGUAUUACGUCUCCACAUCUUCUGGCUAGUGGAGACGACAGUACUGCUACAGUUGUUGGAGACGUCUAUAUUCACCCAUCAGCAAAAGUACAUCCAACGUCAAAGAUUGGACCGAACGUCUCGAUAUCAGCAAAUGUCCGUAUAGCUCCUGGUGUGAGACUUAUGAAUUGCAUCGUGUUAGACGAUGUGGAAAUCAAGGAAAAUGCUGUUGUUAUACAUGCCAUUGUUGGAUGGAAGUCAUCUAUCGGGAGAUGGUCUCGAGUCCAGGGUGACGGAGACUAUAACGCAAAGCUUGGGAUUACUAUCUUAGGUGAAUCGGUGAUUGUGGAAGAUGAGGUUGUUGUUACUAACAGCAUAGUUCUUCCAAAUAAGAUGCUCAAUUUAAGCGUACAGGACGAAAUCAUCCUGUGAAGUUGAUCAGCGAUGCCAGAAGAAAGUUCGGUUUAUACGGAAAUACCUUUUUGUCUUAAAAUAUUUUCUUAAGAAAAUUAGCAAGAUUUUAUGCUACCAGCAUAUGUUGUUUUUAAACCAUCCAUUUGCUUGAAAUUUCGAAAAUUGUGACAACACGAUACCCGUCAUGAAAUUCCAUUAGGGAGAUUAAUAUUU